AUGGAAGUGCAUACCUAUACUAUUAUGGUGCAUAAGCGUUUUACUGCCUGCCUUCUAGUUCUUAUAUAUUAUACAUGCCUCCAAAAAGCGCAUGCAUCCGAGCAAGGCCACUCGCAAAGAAGCGGCAGCUUGACGCUCGAGCAAUAUCCAGAUUUCGAAAGCUACAUAGAUGAAUGUGUGUCGGCGAACAUAAUGGAAAACCCUGAACGCUUUUUUGAUGUCGUUGACUCUGACCAUGCCCACACUGAAAACAAAUUUCCUCCAGAGAGCCACAGCAAUGCACACACACAUAAAGACUUAUCUGCAAACGCCCAGGAAGAACAGGAUUUUUUCAAGGUUAUGCAGUGGAUUAAAAACGGAGAAAUAUGCUGGAACAGCAUAGAGAGCAUGUUAGACGAGUCGCUACACGGCGGGCCCGUGGCGAGCAAUGAUCUGAGCGAUGACCCAUAUGCGCAGCAGAAAACAAGGGGCCCCCAGCUAUUGAAAAGCAUUGAUUCCAGCUUUUUACCAGAGAGCAUAUAUAGUUCUGAAUCCCUGCAUGAGCCCUCGCGUUAA